AUGUUUCUUCUAUUUUUUGCCCUUUUCGCCUUUGCCUCUGCGCUUCUUGGUGUUCUGCCGCAGGAACAGCAUCUUUACGAUAUCGAAUCGGGCACUUGGCAUUGUCUUCUGGAUCCAUCCAUUAUCUUGGAUCCCAGCCAAAUCAAUGACGAUUUCUGUGAUUGCCCCGAUGGAUCGGAUGAGCCCGCCACAAAUGCAUGUCUUGCGCCUGGGAACACAACUUACUUCUUUUACUGCGAGAACAAAGGCUUCUUCCCACGCCUUUUGGAACGUCAUAAACUCAACGAUGGCGUUUGCGAUUACGACCUCUGUUGUGAUGGUUCUGAUGAAUGGAGCUCAGGAAAGUGUGAAGACAAAUGUGCUCAGGUUAUGGACCAGUAUAAUACACACGUUUCCAGCGCUAGGAGGAAAACAGAAGAAGCUUUGCAAGUGAAGGAGAGACUUUUGGCGGAGGCGAAGAAAGCCAAAGUAUCUCUGGAGACGCAAUUGGCGAAAUUGCGGAGCGAGAUUUCCCAAGAUGAAAGUGCAUUACAAGCUCUUCAACAAAAGUUGUUGGAAGCACAAAAAAGCUCUGAAGAAAACAACGAAAACCCGGUAGCAGCCGAGCUCCAAUUUUACGGCGAGAAGAUCCGCAAUACCAUUGACGACUACAAAAAGCAGCUCGAGUCCCAGAAACAAGAGAUUUUACAGCUCCAGAACAUGCUUGCAGACUUGACGCAGAACUACAAUCCCAACUUCAACGAUCUUGCAGUGAAAAAAUGCGUGAAGUUGUAUGAGGACUAUUCCUCAAACCGAGAAGAGGAGCACUCUAUUCCUCCUUUGGCAGUGGAAGACCAUCUCUCUCAGUUGGCACAGAGAAUCCCCACAUCACAAAUAUCAGCCCAAACAGCGGUAUUACCUACAUUUGGCAAUAUGUGGCACCAUUACUACUCGCAAUUGAUUAGUAUGUUUGCACCAGAGGCUGAAAAAUCUGAAAAUGCUCCAGCUCGUGGCUCCAGCAGACAGGCUAAGCAAAUUGCUGGGGAAGUCGCAAAAGCGGAAAAGUCGUUGAACUCGAAGAAAGCUGACGCAUCUAUUUUGGAAGAAACUGUGCGGAGGAGCUACGGAGAAAAUGACAUCUUGCGUUCUGUCGAAGGCACAUGGGUUUCGAAAAAAAUAGGCGACUACACAUAUAAAAUCGGAUUCCUCGAUUCAGUUUAUCAGGAUAAUACUUUGGUUGGCCGCUUCAGUGGGUUUGACAGUUCUUCCUUGACGUUUUCUCAUGGAAGCAAAUGCUGGAACGGUCCUCAGAGAUCUGCUAAAGUUGAUAUGGUCUGUGGACCCGAACACGUCAUUGUUUCCGUAAGCGAGCCAGAAAAAUGCCAGUACCGCAUUUUGCUUGAGACACCUUUGGUAUGUUCAGAUUUGAGUGAAGAGGAGUUGGCUGAGUCAUUUAAAGUCGAUUUGGGGAAGUUGUGA